AUGACUACGAAGAUCUUCCAGGGACAAGUCAUGAUUACGAAAAAGAAAAGGAAAAAGCUGAGGAUCGAUGCUGUCGUUUCGCUAAUCUCAAUCUAUUGGCGCUUUUGUGAGCCGAUCCGCCUUCUCUGUCUCAUCUGGUCGAUUCUUUUGCUGAUCACCGGUGCACUCACUUGUAUCAUGUUAUGUCAAAAAGUUUGGGGAAACCAUCAUCCAAAAGCUUUUCUUAGCGAAGUUCUCUCUCCAAAUCUAACGCUGAUCAUCAUGGAAGGAGAAAGCACUGGUCAAUCAUUCGUUUUAGAACUUCAACGCACG